AUGUCUGCACUCAUACCUCAAACGCUGUGGCUUCGCAGUUGGAACCGAGUUGGGACCGUCGCAAACUGCAGCGAUGGAUGGUGCCAGCAAGGGUGUCACCACGUUCCUAGCCGCUACGCUCCACCGAAGCCCCUCGAGAGAAGCGGUGUACGCAAUUGUUUACGUGCUUGCAGUCGUUUUGACCCUACUGUGAUUGAAAAUCAAUACGAAAUGCAAGGGAAAUGUCGAGCGGCAGCACACUCUGGUACUGCCUUACGAUUCCAUUACAAUUUCACGAAAAUCUAUGUCCAAACCCAGACGAAAAAGAGAAAAAAUGGAUGCAUUGCCGGGUCGAAACGAUGUGAACUAUGGGGUAAUAGCGUUGCCCGAGACCGUUUUGACCCAAUUGGAGUUUUUGUUCAAGUGGGAUUCGAAAUUUUGCCUUUCGCAUUAUCAAAUACAUGGCAUUAA